UGCCGUAGGAUGUGGAGAUGGAGGGGGAGGAGAGGUGAUGGCGGUGGUUCCUUGCCCUCGUCCACUUGUUUCCUGCUGUUUUUCCUGACCUGUACUGUGUCCGCCAGCUGCCUGGGUGAGCGGGAUGUUGAGGGAUUCCCGGUGGACCCUACAAACUGUACUCUCAGCCUUGAGAGACACACUCGCAGUUACAAUCACCUUCAGGGCGAUGUGAGGUGGCGGAGACUGUAUUCAGCCACCAAGUACUUUCUAAAGACCGACAAAAGUGGCAAGGUGAAUGGCACCCGGAAAAAAAACUGCCUGAACAGUAUCAUGGAGAUCCGCUCAGUCAGUGUGGGAGUCGUUGCGAUCAAAGCCGUUCACACCGGCUUCUAUUUGGCGAUGAACAAGAAAGGGAAACUCUACGGCACUGAGGAAUACAACCACAACUGUAAGUUCAAGGAGAGGAUCGAGGAGAACGGCUACAACACCUAUGCUUCGCUCAAGUGGAAGCACAAAGGCCGUCAGAUGUUCGUGUCGCUGAACGGGAAGGGGACACCGCGUCGGGGGCACAAGACCAGGAGAAAACAUCUGUCGGCGCAUUUCCUGCCCAUGAUGGUCCCAUAGACACUGCUGUGCUGCGAGAACCCGGCCCCCAGGCUGCACCCCCCACCCCCACACACUCCUCCCACAUACACACACACCUCGGACAAAGAGAGAA